UGGUGUGAGAACAUUAGAGGGGGGUUCAGAAAGUGCAAGACUGAAAGGUCGGUUUGUUCGCGUGUAACAUAAAAAAAGAGGAGAAAUGUGUUGAAUAUCUGGAUUGCAUCUCGUACCAGAGCUUUUUGUUUGGUGUUACGGUAAUUUAGGGUCGUGUUGGAGAGUUGGCAGGGCACUUCCGGUUUCAAAACUCCAAAGUCAAGAAGGAGAAGAAGAAAAAGACAAACCGGAGAAGCGCAGAUGUUGUGUAGGACUUUAAUGAAGGUCCUGCUGCAUGUUUGGAUUUUUGGAGACUGAAUCUGGAGAAGGUGAAACGCUUUUCCUUGGGGGUUUUGUGUGUGUGUGUGUGUGUGUGUGUGUGUGUGUGUGUGUGUGUGAGAAUGUGCAUGUGAGUUUGGCUUUUUUGGUGCGUUUUCCUGCCAUUCUUCUCUGCGCUUCCUGCUCGGACUGACCGCGAGCACCAGGAGACUAAAAAUACCCAGCAUGCUCGGAGACAUGGGCUUUAUUUCUCAGAGACUCAAAAUUUCAAUGAUUGUUCAGACAUAUAUGAUGAUCUAGUGGGCGGAGUUUGUCUUUUGAGUCUUAAAGAUCAGAUCCAACAAGUUGCACAGGUUUGAAAAAAAAAAAAAUAGACUUCAAUUAAUCCAGUAAGUUCAGUCCAUUUCCGGUUCAUCAGAUGAUUGGAUUGUUCCUGCUGUUUGAGAAGAUCUUCAGGUUUUAAUGGAGAGCUCAGGGUGUGCGCUCUCAUCCUCCACCCUCUGCAUCUUCAUGGAGACCCGAGCGCUCCAUGAGUGCUGGUGCUGUGCACCUUUGGAUGGUUAGUGCGCUUUGGAGAGAAGAGCAAGAAAGAGUGCAUCAGUGCCUCUCCAUGAUCCUCACGUACAGCUUAGGAACGGGAGAGAGGAGCCGGAGAGCGUGUACAUUUGGAUCGUUUUUCAGUCGUUUGGAUCCGGGCGUCAAAAGGAAUACAAGGAAGAGAAGGAAGAAGAAGCGCCAUGGAGCCUCUGAAGAACAUGUUCACGCGUGGCACGCUGUCCCAUUGGAAAAGCUUGGAGCAAUCCCAGAAAGGGAACUUCACCAACCCGGUGUGGACAGCCCUGUUCGAUUAUGAAGCGUCCGGCAAGGACGAGCUCACCCUGCGCAAGGGGGACGUGGUGGAAGUUCUGUCUUUGGAUUCGGAAAUUUCCGGGGACGAAGGCUGGUGGGCUGGGAAGGUCAACAACAAGGUGGGAAUCUUUCCCUCCAAUUACGUUUCGCUCAAACCCAGCGGAUACGGGAAGAUCCCGGGGCCGGGUGUAGAGGGUGAGCUCGGGCCUGCCGUGGAGCUGCAGUUCGAGCCCGAGGUCCUGGAUUUUCGGGAGCUCAGCUUGCAAGAGGUGAUCGGGGUCGGCGGGUUUGGGAAGGUCUACCGCGGGAUAUGGAGAGGGGAACUGGUGGCGGUGAAGGCGGCGCGCCAGGACCCGGACGAGGACAUCAGUGUGACGGCGCAGAACGUACGCAACGAGGCACGCCUGUUCGCCAUGCUCACGCACCUCAACAUCAUCGCGCUCAAAGGGGUGUGCCUGAAGGAGCCAAACCUGUGCUUGAUCAUGGAGUACGCGUCCGGUGGACCUCUGAGCCGCGCGCUGGCCGGGAGGCGCAUCGCACCGCACAUCCUGGUCAACUGGGCCGUGCAGAUCGCCAGAGGGAUGCAGUACCUUCACAGCGAGGCGAUAGUCACGGUCAUUCACAGAGACCUCAAGUCGAAUAAUAUCCUCCUGGCCCAGCCGAUAGAGCAGAAGAUGGAAGGAAACACUCUGAAGAUCACGGAUUUCGGCUUGGCACGAGAGUGGCAAAAGACCACCAAGAUGAGCACGGCGGGGACCUACGCCUGGAUGGCACCCGAGGUCAUCAAAUCCUCCACCUUCUCCAAGGGUAGCGACGUAUGGAGUUACGGAGUUUUAUUGUGGGAGUUACUCACAGGCGAGGCUCCUUACAGAGGGAUUGAUGGUCUGGCUGUAGCCUAUGGAGUGGCAGUAAAUAAACUGACUCUACCCAUUCCCUCCACCUGCCCCGAACCUUUCGCCCAACUCAUGUCAGGGUGUUGGGAUCAGGACCCCCAUCACAGGCCGAGUUUUGCCUCCAUCUUGGCUCAGCUGUGUGCUUUAGAGCAGCAGGUAAUGGAAGAGAUGCCCCAGGACUCCUUCCACUCUCUGCAGGACGACUGGAGACUAGAGAUCCAGGGCAUGUUCGACGAGCUACGUGCUAAGGAAAAGGAGCUGCGUUGUCGUGAAGAAGAGCUGAAGCGUGCUGCCCUGGAGCAGAAGUCUCACGAGGAGUUUCUGCGUCUACGAGAGGAGCAGUUGGCCCAGUGGGAGCAGGAUGUGUUUGAGAGGGAACUCUCGCUUCUCAUUCUCCACCUAAACCAAAACCAGGAGAAACCCAACGUCAAGAAGCGCAAAGGAACCUUCAAGAAGCACAAGCUCAAAUCUAAGAACGGGGAGAAGAUCAGUAUGCCACAAGAUUUCAUCCAUAAAAUCACAGUGCAGGCUUCUCCUGGGUUGGAGAAGAGACGUAAUUCUCCAGAUUUGGGUUCUCCUUCCAUUGGGCCACGUUUCCGGGCCAUCCAACUGAGCCCCAGUGAAAGUAAGUGGAGCUCGGGAUGGCCGCUGGAAACUCUUCCGCUGAAGGCUAACGGUGAGAGAAGACUUGCCCCACACUGGAGUCCCCAAAGCCCCAAAAGCCCAAAGAGCCCCAAAGUGCAGCGCCUGAGUCCACAGGAGAGCGGGCUGUCAAUGAGAGCUCGGCUAUUGGCCAGCAAUGAGAACGGAGACUCCAAAGAUGACUUUGAGGAAUACAGACCCACAACGCCUGAACCAACUCAAAAUGGCUCUAUCUCUGUUAAGGAACCUUCCUGGACAGCUCUUCCCGAAGAGGAUUUCGGAAGUGAAGAGGGAUGCUUGUCCCCUUGUAGUUCACCAAACCUAGACUGUCGCUCCAGUGUUCCCCCUCAUACUAAAGUCACUCACCGUGCCUUGCUUAGUGGCGCUGCUCUUCUCGCUUCUGUGGCUCUGGGACGCUAUCUGGAACCUCAGCACCCACCCACACCCCCUCCACGAACUACCUAUAGAACUAAUGUUCCUGCUCUGAUUGUGGUGGACUUACCCACAGAUCCCACUUUGGUUGGGGACCUCAUUACCUUUAGCACGGACUCUCUCCCACAAGAGCUUCUCGACACGCCACUGAAGCCCCCGGAGAAUAAGCCGUUACCACUGACCCCACCUCCUCCAAACCCCAGAGAGAGAGACAGGUCCAGCCGAAAGACUGUCCAGCAUGGCGCUGCAGAGUGGAUCGCUAAUGGAGAGACCGAGAACGAGAGUAUGGACCAGACCGAAGAGAGAAAAAGAUGUAGUCGUGCCUCACAACUUGUGUUGGAUCUACCGUUGUGUCAAGAUACUAUGGAAGCAGAUGAGAAAUCCCCUGUCCCGUUUGCUCUUUACGCCGAUCCUUGUCUUUGGAGCCCUAAAACGGAUCCCUUCAAGGUAAACAUCAUUUCGCGACCUCGGCCGUCUCCGAACCGACCCCGGAUAGAUCCCUGGAGCUUCAUUUCAGCUGGCGUGAUAGAAAAAUGCAGCUCUCGGCAUGCCAUUUCAACUAGCAGCCCCACAAGUCCACGAUUGGGGUACAGACCAUCGCCUACCAACCCCUUCACGAAUUGUGACCCUUUCCCUCCUCCUGACUGUGAUCCCUUCAGUCUCAAGGCUGACCCAUCGUUAAACUCUGAUCGUCCCUCACCAUUUGAUCCCUUCUCUGCUCCUUUUCCUAUUUCCCGCUCUGCACCAUGUUCCACCAACGGGAGCCCCAACCUCUCUCUCAGGGUUGCCCCACUGAACCCUGCUGACUCCCCCUUCAUAGACCUGGGUUGGGUCAACAAGCCUGUAGGUGUUGCCAAAGAGAAAGUUUUCCCCAGAAAGACUCUGGGUCUUAGUCCCUUUAAGUCGCAAGCUAAACAGAGAGACGACAUAUUUUGAGCUUCUAAUACUAUAAAAUAAUUAUAGAGCUUCUACAACUUUACCAGUUUGGAUUCACAAAUAUUUGCUCCCAAUAUUUGGUGCUUUGGAUUUAUUCCCUCUAAAAAGCUUCAUGUGUUGGAUUGUAAGUUUUGCCUUUGCAAACAAAGGAAGCACACGCUAUUUAAAAUUUUAUGAUGCGGCUUAUUAUCUUCAAAACAUCAUCAAACAACAUUCCAGAUUCUUUCAGACUUGGUGCAUUUUUCCAUCUAAAAUUGUGACCUAUGCAUUGAAUUACUUUAAGUGCCUUUUACUGUUGGUUAGUUCCGUGUCUUUUAGUUACACCAUGGCUAAAACAACAGCAUAAUGACUUUGGUUUUGUCAUCAACCAUGUAAGCACUUUCGGAUGAUCCAAUUCUGCUUCCCUCUAUAAGACUCAAACUGGACAGUAUCUAAAAUUCUCUUUUCCAUGUUCUAGUUUAGUCUCAAACUAGUCUAGUCUGAUAGCUGCAGCAGGAAGAUGAGAACCAGACAGAAUUUCAUAUAAAUACCAAAGAAUUGAGAGAAAAACAAGCUCAGGCCCACACCUGUGAUUUUGCUAGCAGUUAGUGACAAGUUAAUUCCAUCGAAAUUGACCAGUCACCCUUUAGCAAACAAUUUUCUAAAGAAAAGUUAACAGACCUUGAACUGUGUACAAUCUUGAUUGCCCAAUUUUCAUACAUUAGUAGUGCUUGAGGGAUUGUUAUGGCUCAUCCGCACUUUAGACAAAAUAUUCACAGAAAAGACAUGGUUCACUAAUUGAAGAAAAAAAUCCGUGGCUAAUAGAGUGGCUCGACUUCGGCACAUGCCACCACAGCAUGGUUUUUCAUUACAACUGAACCGCUAGAUGGUUUUUGUUUAAUUAAAGCGACACGAGAUCAAUGAAAAAUAUUACAAAAAACAAAGCUCACUGUAUAUUGGCCUGAUCUGCAAUGAACUUCUUGAUUCGAACCACAAAAGAUGUUGCCCCAAAUUUUUUAUUAUUUUUUAAAACUACUGAUAGUGUGUAGCAAUGAAUUAGGCAGACAUCUGCCACCCUAGUGUAUAAUGUGCAUUUACUGUAGUUAAAAUAAAAACCGGUUAUAAUCUUUUCUUCAGAAUGUCUAUGCAAGCCCAGCAUGACAGGGUUUAACUUGAACCAGCUCUUCAACCUAUGACACAUACAGUGACCUUUACCACAUAUCAGUGUUUCUAAUGACUAUUACAAACAUCUUCUAUACACCUCAGAUUCAUUAAUUUGCUAUGUGCAUAUGCAUCAAUUCAAGAAAAGGAGUUGCAACACCUUUAACUGAGUUUGGAAAAAAACACCAAUGAAUCCCUGAAGGCUUUUACUGCUGUAAAAAAAAAACAAAAAACACCACAUUGAACAAAAAUCGUAUCCGUACAGAAGUCACAGUCAGUGUUAACUUACAGUCACAGCUGCUUGCUUUCAAAGGCUACAUAGUCUUUUUAUUUUAUUUUAUUUUUUUUCUUUUAUAGAGUAUUUUUACAUUUGCAUGAACCCAAGUUUGAAUGCGUCUUUAGUUUUGCAAUGGAGCUGUGAUCCUGAUGUAACAAAAUUUUCAUGGAUUGCUGCCUCACCCAAAAUCUUUCCAUGAAUACAUAUGCUUGUAUAACAAUACGUGGGACAGUACUUAUAGUUAGUUUUUUAAAGAAGGAAUUUAGGGGGGGGGCAGCAAAGCCUAGGAAAAAAAUGAACAAAAUGACAGCUAUAUUAAAAUAAGAGCCUGUUGUGUAUAAAAUAUUGUAAAAAGGGUAUUAUCUCUCAAAACCAAGUCUAACACUGAACUAAAUGAUUCUAGAGUCAACAAAGUAAGCAAACCUUGGACACCAAACAAACGUUAAUGGUCCAGUAUCGAAAUUUCCAAAAAGCUAAACUUCACCCUGAAAAUGUCCCAAAAAAAGUUUACAGUUUGAGAAAGUUGAGAUUUUUUUGAACACUUAAAAAUCUUUCUACAGAGCCUUUAAAAUCUAAAGAUCCUUCAGAUCUUUUUCUUUUGUAGUAAUUUUACUCUUAGAAUCACACUUUUUUAUAUUACACCUCUGAAAUAUCGAGUUUUAGCACAUACUCUCAAUGACAAUCAGAUCAACAAGGCUUUUUUGAGGUGAUUAGCUAUCAUGCUAGCUCAGGCGGUCAGCGCUAAUCACUGCCUUGGAAGCUCCUGUUUUAUCAAAGUGUAGCUGCUGAUGUUAAAGUUCAAAUACUGAAAUAGAGACAAAGUUUGUUAACUUUGAUUACUGAUGAGAUAAUCAAAAGUUAGCAUUAGAAAUUCUUGAAUGAAUCUAUUUUGUCGGAUCCUUUUGAAAUAUUUGCUAUAGGCUAUAUGCGUGUCAGUCCGGUAAAAGCCGUGAGGUUCUGCUGUGGCCGGGUUCCUUUAUUUCCAUAAGAAACCAAACCAAUGUGAAAUGAUUUACUUUUUAUUCUUUCCUCAGCAAAUAGGUUGUGAAAGUAGCCAUGAUAAAUCUGCCUGAUGGCGUUUAAAACUUAGCUAGCUGAUUGUUUUCCUCACACAGUGACGGUCCGGCUUUGUUCAAGUUGUUUGAUAGCAAUGGAGCAGAUCGAUGCAGGUUAUGAUUACCUACUGACUGUAAAAAAAAAAAAAAAAAACAUGACUUUUCUCAAUUUCCCUCUUCACUUUUGGGAUGUAACCAUAUUUUAAAAUGGUUGAUACUUGGAUACAUGCUAAAAAAAGAGCCUGUAUAUAGUUUUCUCAGGUCACCAAACAAUAUAAUAUACAGAGCUGAAAUUACAUCACAUUCAUUGAUUAGAAUGAAUGUAAUAAAAAAUAAAGAACUACUCAGACACCAGCGUUAUCUCCAGUCACCAGAUCCUUUAGCCUUGAUAUCAGUGCGCUCUAAAACGUUAGUAUGAAUCGUUUUGCACAUGUUUUUCCAAAGUCAACAUCUGCUGCGCUCAUUUUAGUAAUAAUGUUUAAUUUCACAAGUUGAUCAUCCAGGCCUGGGACUCCGUUUUUAAAUGGCUGCUCCUGAAUGCUAGUCAGGACGUCUAGGUCACACCGAACAGCUGCGCAGGCACCCGAAAGCCCAGCGGCCAUUUAUCAUAACCGUCAUACGGGCCAUCAUUAGAGAGUUCUCAUUUGUCAGCGCCACCUUGUCCCUCUUUAUCGAAUUUUUUUCCCCUCUCAGUUUGACAGUGGUGGAUUUAAUCUCUAUGAUAUGUAGACACAGGUUUCACUGUACAAGCAUCCUUUCUUGUGCCAAAGAAACUUUGUAAACUGCUUCUAAGCCAUUUAGGUUUUUAGGAUUGGUCUUGGGGUAUCGUUAUAAACGCCACAAUUAGCAAUGGGAAUAACAUCAUUAGACUAAUUGUGUUUGUUUGUCUGUGCUUACGCUUUGUGCUUAUGCCGUUCCAUCUGCUUCCUCGGUAAAUAGGCAAAAGUAUUUUGUGCUAAGCACAAUCAGUUUCGACAGAGUAACUAGUACUGUGCAUAACUCCCCUGUGAGAAAGACUUAUUUUUUUUUAAAGAGAGAAAAUUAUAUUUAUUAAGGCCUUUUAGACACUGGAUUAAAGAUAUUUUAAUGGGCCAGAGACAUAGUCCUCAUCAGGAUGCUUUGUGUAUUUUGCCUUACAUCACUGGAGAAAGUGUAUGGGUGCUGCAUAGGGACAAAUCAUUCAACAAACUCAUAUUUAACAAACAUCGUUAAUCCAUUGGAUGAAGACCUUCAGUCCAUUGUUGGUAAAUGAAUCGGAAGAAGCAAAAGAAGAAGAAUAAAAAUAAAUCCACACUUCAAAUGGACACAAGUACACUUGGGAUGUUUGCUCUUCUUUUUUGACAAAAUUGUUUGCUUUUGUUUAAUUCGUUCCAUUUUUACUUUGUUACGAUAUUCCAUUUUGUGGUGCCUGAUAAUUUUUUUUUUUUACAUUUUUUUUUUAAAGGUUCUCUUUCCUACCUAUUACAUAUUUGUUAAAUUUUCACUGGGCUUUGUGAAUUUGCUUUUGUGUGUGUGUGAGGCGUGAGUGUGCGCGAGUGUGAGACAUGCAAAAUGACAUACUGGGCUGGGCCUAAUCAUUCUAUGACUUUGUGUUUCAGAGAGUCUAUGUUUUUAUCUACAAAUGUGCUCAAAUGUGUUUUGCCUCUUGUAAUGUUUUAACCUGUGGAGAAAAAAAAAUGUUUGGAAGAACGUAAAAGAGACCAAAUAAAAUUUAACACAACUUUAAAAAUGCUUUGCUGUACAGAAUGAACUGAGGCAUGUAAUUAA